UCCAAGGAAAAACGAAGGACACAUUGUGGGAAAAACUGGUGCGUGAAACGCCGCGUUUUUAUCCAAACAGGUGAAAGGGUCGAACAACUUGCUGAUCAUGAUUGUGAUUCGGCACUCACAUCCCGUAUAGAAUCGUGAAAAUUCGCAGACCCUCGGUGUCUGCAGCUGCAAUAAUCAAAUGGGUGUGUUCGCUAUAUCUCUCUAUCACCACUGCCGCAGAAAUUUCUCAUUCAACUACCAUUACCAGAGUUGUAGAACUCUCAUAUUGCAGUCUGCUUUUGAAUCAGUUAGAGUCCAGAGACUUUCCCACGACGAUUCUGGUAUUGUUGAGGUUCACUUGGAUCGGCCUGAAGCCAAGAAUGCCAUUGGGAAGGAGAUGCUGGGAGGUUUGCAAAACAUUUUUGAAGCUAUUAACAGAGACGCGUCUGCUAAUGUUGUCAUGCUAAGUAGUUCAGUUCCCAGGGUAUUCUGUGCAGGUGCUGAUUUGAAGGAACGCAAAACAAUGAAUCCUUCUGAGACUCGGUUUUUUGUCAACUCAUUGCGCUCCACAUUCUCAUUAUUAGAGGCACUCCAUGUUCCUACUAUUGCUGUUAUUGAAGGAGCAGCACUGGGUGGUGGGCUAGAAAUGGCUCUAUCAUGUGAUCUUCGGAUUUGUGGAGAAGAUGCGGUAUUGGGCUUACCAGAAACAGGACUUGCUAUAAUUCCUGGGGCUGGUGGAACUCAAAGACUUUCAAGAUUGGUUGGAAAAUCAAUUGCAAAGGAACUCAUAUUCACUGGUCGGAAAGUUGGUGGCAGGGAUGCAAUGUCAGUAGGAUUAGUCAAUUACUGUGUUCCUGCUGGUGAAGCUCAUUUGAAGGCACUUGAAAUUGCUCAGCAUAUAAAUCAGAAGGGUCCAUUAGCAUUGCGGAUGGCAAAACGAGCUAUCAAUGAGGGGCUCGAGUUAGAUAUGGAAUCGGCUUUGGCAUUGGAAGAAGAGUGUUAUGAACAACUUCUGAACACAAAAGAUCGCUUAGAAGGUUUGGCAGCCUUUGCCGAGAAGCGGAAGCCCAGAUAUAAUGGUGAAUAAGAGUAGCAAAGAUGCCUACAUGAACCCAUGAAUUAAAAUAAAAGACUUUUGCAAAUACCCUUGCUUUAACAAUGUUCAUUGCAUGAUGUUUAUCUCCUGGAUGUGUUUGACAGUGAUUAUAGGAAAUGUUUAUGACGUUUUUCAAGUAUUAUUUUAAAAAUAUUUCAUAAAA